AAAAAAAAAAAUGGAAUCCUACUGGAGUGUGAGCCCCAUCCCUGGGCCUGCAGCUCCUUCCCUCCGAGAGCCCCCUCACUUGACAGGCUUCCUCUUUGGACCAUGACCGGGCCUUACAGAGACCACGGGCCUGGGGUCUCUCUCCUCUAGCGCACCAGCCUCCGGUUUGGGCCUCUCUUCCUCCAGCUUGGGUCCUUCCUCCUGGAGCUCCGGCUCUGAAGCGGCUCCUGCUGGGGGCUGGUCUUCACCCUGGGUCCCGCCGGCCUCAUGGGCUGGCACCAGGAACUGGUCUCCCGUCACUGGACACUAGAGGUGACACACAGACCAUCGGUCACCAUGGCCGGGCAAAAGAUAUAGGAAUCAGUCACUGAACACCUAACUUUAGACACCGAAACAGCCUGUGCCUUUCUCCUCCUGGAGAGCCCAGCCCGGCAGUUAGGGGGUCGGGACGCUCAGAGUUCCGCCUCUCAGAGCUCUGCGGCCCCGUCUUUGAAUGCUAAACAGCCUGAUGGUCACCUCAGAGGUCUGAGCGCGGCCAGGGUCCUCCAGGAGCAGUGCCUGCCCCACGACCGUCGCCUCCUGGAACCCCGGGAGCCUCUCCGCGCCUGCCGAGGCCAUGGCUGCGCGGGCUCAGUGCACCUCGACAAUUGCCUGGGGCGGACCCCGAGGGGUUGGAUGGUGGCCCCGCGCAGCUCCCGGAGACCGGCCAGCAAGCUAGGACAAAACGGAAGCGAGACCGGCGGCCACCCUCGACCGAAACUACAAGCCCCAGGAGGCUUUGCGCCAGGGUCAGUGAGCCCUGACCCCGGGAACGGAAGCCACGGUUGCCCGGCAACAACUACUCCCGUCGAGUGGCAGCAGCUGGCUGCAAAACCGCUCUAGGCGGCGCCGGCGCCAUGUGCGAGGGCCCCUCCCGUAUCUCGGGGCCCAUCCCCCCAGACCCGACGCUUUGCCCUGACUACUACCGGCGGCCGGCCUCUGCUCAAGGGCGCCUAGAGGGAAACGCGCUGAAGCUGGACUUGCUAACCUCGUACUGGGCCCUGGACGCCACAGCUCCCCGUGGCCCCUGCAUCGGUCCCGGCGCCCGAGAGGUCCUGGAGCGCGGCCGGCGUGGCGUCGGGGACGUGCUGUUGCAACUUGAGGGCAUCUCUCUAGGUCCUGGGGCCUCUCUCAAGAGGAAGGACCCUAAAGACCAUGAGAAGGAGAACCUGAGGCGGAUCAGGGAGAUUCAGAAGCGCUUCAGAGAACGACAGCACAGCCAGGAGCAGGGCCAGCCUAGGCCCCUGAAAGCUCUGUGGCGCUCGCCCAAGUACGACAAGGUGGAGUCCCGGGUCAAGGCACAGCUGCAGGAGCCUGGCCCUGCCUUUGGGACAGAGUCUGCCCACUUCCUGCGGGCGCACUCCCGCUGUGGCCCUGGCCUCCCACCACCCCGUGUUCCCAGUCCCCAGCCAAACCCACCAGGUUCUGAAGCUAAGGGGCCAGGCCUGGGGGUGAACUUCAUUCGUCACAAUGCCCAAGCUGCCAAGAGGGCCCCCCGGAGGCAUUCCCGCUCGCUGCAGGUCCUGGCACAGGUGCUAGAGCAGCAGCGGCAGGCCCAGGAGCACUACAAUGCCACGCAGAAGGGCCACGUGCCCCAUUACUUGUUGGAGCGCAGGGACCUGUGGCGGCGGGAGGCCGAGGCCCGUGAGCAGAGCCAGCCGGACCCAGCCGUGCCUCCAGGCCACACGCGCAUGCCUGAGAACCAGCGGCUAGAAACACUGAGCAAGCUGCUUCAGAGCCAGAACCAGCUGCUGCGUGAGCUGGUACUGCUGCCUGCUGGGGCAGACUCACUGAGAGCUCAGAGCCACCGUGCUGAGCUGGACCGGAAGCUGGUGCAGGUAGAGGAGGCCAUCAGAAUUUUUUCCCGGCCCAAAGUCUUCGUGAAGAUGGACACCUGAGCCCCUCUGGGGGACAAUUAGCAGGGAGGUACAUGCUGAGUAUCACCAGUCACAUGGCUGAAAAGGACAGGGUCGGGCCCAUUUCCAGAUCAGAGGUCUGAAGACAGGAGCAGAGAGGUGGCCAGUGUCCCUAGAGCACUUUUCUCAAGCCACCAGUGGCUACAGAAGGGCCAUCCCAGCCUUUUAACUGUUUUGUCAAAAUUAAACCGUUUGUACACAGGA